UUUUCUUUGUAUGUUUUAGAAAACUCAUAAUCUCAUUAAGAAAAAACUCAUUGUCUGGAGUUGUAGUUGAAGGUUCAAAAAGUAUUAUAUACGUAUUUUCUUUCCCAAUGGAAAACUCUUUGUUUUUAUUUUGAGGAUUAAAUCUAGCAAACCUCGUUAAAUCCUCAUUAAAUAGCCCUAUAUAUAUUACAACAAUCUAAAAGCAAACAAUCCACAUAAAUUUCCUUCCUUCUUAAUUCACACCAAAGCAAACAUAUAUUCUUCAGAAAAGUAAAUGGAGGGUCAAGUAGAGCAUAAAACAGUGCCAGUGAAUGGAAUAAACAUGCAUUUUGCUGAAAUAGGGCAAGGCCCUUUAGUCCUCUUCAUUCACGGCUUCCCAGAAUUCUGGUACUCAUGGAGGCACCAAAUGUCAUUCAUGGCUAAACAGGGUUACCGCGCGGUGUCUCCGGAUUUACGCGGCUACGGAGACACCACGGGAGCACCUAAAGAUGAUCCUAGCAAGUUCACAACCCUCGAUAUUGUUGGUGACCUAGUAGAGCUCCUGAAUAAAAUUGCACCACAAGAGGAGAAGGUGUUUGUUGUAGGGCAUGAUUGGGGUGCUGUUGCUUCUUGGGCUCUGUGUUUGUAUAGGCCUGAAAAGGUUAAGGCCUUUGUGUGCUUGAGUGUGGCUUUCAAUCCCAGGAAUCCUAUGAAGAAGCCACUUGAGACUCUGCGUGCGGUUUAUGGAGAUGAUUACUAUGUUGUUAGAUUUCAGGAGCCUGGAGUAAUAGAAGGUGAAUUUGAGAAGAUGAGUGUUAAGAAUGUGCUGAAGUACUUCCUAACAUAUAAAACCCCAGAUCCUAUUUACUUGAAGAAAGGAAAAUCAUUUGAAGAUACUAAUAAGUUGCCUUGCUGGUUAUCUGAGGAAGAAGUUGAUUUCUAUACUACAAAGUAUGAAGAAACUGGCUUCACUGGAGCAUUGAACUUUUAUCGAGCAAUAGACCGAAAUUGGGAGCUUACAUCAGCAUGGACAGGGGCUAAAAUUCAAGUACCAGUAAAAUUCAUUGUGGGUGACCUUGACCUUACUUACAAUGCUCCUGGCGCUAAGGAUUAUUUACACAAAGGAGCCUUCAAGAAACUAGUGCCACUCUUGGAUGAAAUUGUGGUAUUACAAGGUGUUGGACAUUUCAUCCACCAAGAAAACUUAGAUCCUGAUAGCGACAUUAAGAUGGAGGAGGUUAAUGGGAUUGAACACAAGACAAUGAGAGUGAAUGGGACAAGCAUGCACAUAGCUGAAAUGGGCCAAGGCCCAGUAGUCCUAUUCCUACAUGGCUUCCCGGAACUAUGGUACUCGUGGCGCCACCAAAUGCCAUUCAUGGCAGCCCACGGCUACCGUGUGGUGGCCCCGGACCUCCGUGGUUUCGGAGAUACCACUGGAGCAACCAAAGAUGACUUCACAGAGUUCACCACCCUCCAUGUUGUUGGUGACCUUGUGGAACUUCUUAACAUGAUUGCCCCUGAUCAGGAGAAGGUAUUUGUAGUGGGGCAUGACUGGGGAGCUAUGAUUGCUUGGUCUAUGUGUUUGUAUAGGCCUGAUAAGGUCAAGGCCCUUGUGAAUAUGAGCGUUCCGUUCAUUCCACGAAACCCCAUUUCAAUGCCCACUGUAGCUCUGCGCGCCACUUACGGAGAUGAAUACUAUAUUAUAAGAUUCCAGGAGCCUGGAGAAAUAGAAGAAGAGUUUGCUCAAUUAGGAACCAAGACAGUGUUGGAGAAGUUACUGACUAACCGAAACCCUGAAGCAUUAAAGUUGCCUAAAGGAAAGCCAUUUGACGGAAGUCCAGUGAUAUUGCCCCGUUGGCUCACUGUAAAGGAUGUCAAUUACUAUGCUAGCAAAUAUGAGCACACUGGCUUCACUGGUGGAUUGAAUUAUUAUAGAGCACUUGAUCUAAACUGGAAACUGACAGCACCAUGGACAGGGGCGAAAGUAAAUGUACCAGUGAAGUUCAUAGUGGGAGAUUUGGACACAACUUAUAAUUCAGCAGGAGUCAAGGAUUAUAUACACAAGGGUGGGUUAAAGAAAGAUGUGCCUUUGCUAGAAGACGUGGUUAUCUUGAAAGGGGUAGCUCAUUUUCUUCAACAAGAAAAGCCUGAUGAAGUCAACAAUCACAUCCAUGUCUUCUUCCAAGGCCGGCCUUCCUCUCAUUGAAACUUCAGCAAUUUGAUACUUCUUUUAAGCUUCCAUAAAAAGUUACAUAAAACCAGAAGAGUCAUACAAGAAUCAUUUCAUAUGCUUUAAAAUAUUCUUGUACCUUUUUCCAAAUAUAUUAAACCUAAAUAAAGUUGGUUUCCGAUUUC